CAGCUUUUGGAAAAGAAAUUGUUGCAGUUAAAUAUUCAUCAUCUUAAUGCCAGUACUGCAGUACCUUACAAACUGAUGACGAUGUAGGACAGCUUAAUUGUUUUAAACAAAGUCAUCUGUUUGAUGAACUGACUGUAAGAUUACUGUGGUCAGACUGUUCGGAAUCAAAUAAGACCUUGUUUAACAUGGCUGCCUACACCGCAGGAAAUAAUUCGGUGGAUCUUGCAAUAGACCCACUCAUUACCUGCCGCCUCUGUCUGAUGGAGUGCCCACUGCAGGAAAUGUAUGAACUGAAGGACUGUAAAUGUCUCUACUGUGAAAAGUGUGUGCGACAGUAUCUGCAUGUGUUAAUCACAGAUGGUAGUAUUUUAAAGAUAACGUGUCCAGAUGCCAAGUGUAAAAAACAGGGAAGGAUUGAAGCUCCUGAGAUUGAAUCACUUGUUGAUGCUAGUCUGUUUGAAAGAUAUCAUAGGCUUAGACACCAAAAAGAGAUAGAGUUGGACCCUAAUCGUACGUUCUGUCCAGAGGUCGGGUGUGAGGCGGUGUGUCACGUUUGUAGUACUUCAUCAGGAGAACAUUAUAGUCCUAUUCCUGUAGACUGUCCUGAGUGUGGUCUCCAGUUUUGUUCAGUGUGUAAGGCAAAGUGGCAUGGAGCCAUGACGUGUGAUGAUGUAAUGUUUAGUGGCAGACGUGAAGAUGCAGGCAUUCCCUACCACAGCAGAGAGGAUGCAUUAAUAAAGCGCUGCCCAGUAUGCCGCGUCCCAAUAGAACGUAAUGAUGGCUGUGCACAGAUGAUGUGUAAACGCUGUAAACAUGUGUUUUGCUGGUAUUGCUUAGCCUCAUUGGACCAUGACUUUCUUCUCAGACAUUAUGACAAGGGACCAUGUAAAAAUAAACUUGGACAUUCAAGAGCCUCUGUUAUUUGGCACAGAACACAGGUUGUGGGAAUUUUUGCUGGCUUUGGUGUGUUGCUCCUGGUUGCCUCCCCCUUCCUACUCCUGGCAGCACCCUGCAUCCUGUGCUGUAAGUGUAAGCUCUGUAAGUGCUGUGAAGAGGAUGAUGAUGUCAUCGAUGUUGUGACAGCGUGAUGAUGAUUUCUUUGAAUUAAGGACAGCGUACAAAUGAUUCAUUUACAUUGGUACAUGUACAAGGAAAUGGUAAUGGAAUUAAACUUGUGACAUCAAAAACUCAGUGGAGCCAUUGAAAAAAAAACAAACAAACAAACAAACAAAGGGAAAACUUUGUAUACUAAUAUAUUUUACAUGUAUCUCUGUCACAAUGGUGGGAAAAUAUGAAAAAGGUUUAAUGGAAAGUUGUGCUAAGAAAAUUU